CACAGGGUAGCACAACUCGACAGAACACCGGUUUAGGCUGAGGAAGUUUGAAAGAAGGCUCUGAUUAAAAGCUGUAACACACAGUUGUAAAUGUGUUAGCUUGUGUUUAGUUUAUUGCGAAUAUUCGGUUGUUGUUUUUUUUUUGUUUUUUUUAGAUCAAGGCGUCCAUUAAAGAGAUCAGCUGAAGUAGCUCCUGAAUGUUUGUGUCGAGAAUCAGUUCUGAUCACACAGAAAAAUGAAUGAAGGCAGUGCAGCAGUAGUGGAGGAUGUGCCACAGCCCUUCACCGUUACCGUCGGAGCUACAGUUCCCACAGGGUUCGAGCCCACAGCCGCAGAGGAGGUGCAGGAAAAGAUAGGAGCAGUUGCCAGAGUUAGCAAAGACCGAGGGAGGAUAUAUUUUGAAAUUUCAACGGAUAACCUCAUUAAGGUUCAUCAUCUGAAGUCUGUAGACAAUCUAUUUGUUGUGGUUGAAUAUUAUGACAAUUAUCAAUUCAAAGAAACAAAGGAAGAAGCAUUAUUAGACCUGCAGCAGCUUGCGUCUGUAUUGCCCUGGACCAAUGCUUUGGAAGUUUGGAAAUUGAACAACUCUCUGAAGAAAAAGAGAAGUCGGAGGAGAGGAGCUGCCACCUCUAAAACAAAGCCAAGUGGUGACUCAGCAGAACCUGAGAAGCCCCAAGCUGGGUCUGAUGCUCCACAGGAAAAACAGGGAGAGGGAGAAGCUUCUCAGGAGCAAGAGACAAGCCCUCCAGCAGAGCAAGACUCUGAGAGCCAAGAGCAGAAUGAGAAUAAGCCCCUGAAGUUCCGUGUGACAUGUAACCGAGCUGGAGACAAGCACAGUUUCACCUCUAAUGAAGCAGCCCGAGACUUUGGAGGCGCUGUGCAGGAGUUUUUUCAGUGGAAAGCAGACAUGACCAAAUUUGAUGUGGAAGUGCUGUUAAAUAUCCACAACAAUGAGGUGGUGAUUGGCAUUGCCCUUACAGAGGAGAGCCUGCAUAGAAGAAACAUUACUCACUUCGGCCCCACCACUCUACGCUCCACCCUGGCUUAUGGCAUGCUUAGACUUUGCAAGCCACAGACAUCAGAUGUGAUUAUAGACCCCAUGUGUGGAACUGGAGCCAUACCUUUAGAGGGAGUUAUAGAGUGGUCAGAUUCAUUCUUCCUUUCGGGAGACAAUCAUGACAUGGCAGUCAGUCGGACAGUUAAUAACAUCAACCAUAUUGUGAAGCGAAGACAAGAUGGAGGCAGCACCUCUCCAGGCUUGCCUAUAGACACUGCACAGUGGGACUUGUGCCAUCUACCCAUGAGAACAAGCUCUGUAGACAUCAUCACCACUGACAUGCCAUUUGGAAAGAGAAUGGGUUCCAGAAAGAAGAAUUGGGAUCUGUACCCUUCUUGUCUCCGGGAAAUGGCGAGGGUCUGCAGGCCGGGGACUGGAAGGGCUGUACUGUUAACUCAGGACAAAAAAUGUUUUCAGAAGGCCCUUUUUCGGAUGGGCGGGCUGUGGAAGAAAUCGCACACUGUUUGGGUGAACGUGGGCGGGUUGCAUGCUGGAGUCUUCGUGCUUCGACGCACAGGGGCGAUAUUUGGUUCCACUCCAGAGGAUGAGCGGGAGCCCCGUAAGCCUGCUGAGUCACAAGAGGAAGACGUGCAGGAGAAGGUUUAAGAAUGCCAUUGGAAAAAGCUUCCAGCUGUUGAAAAUAUAUGCAAACAUGUUCAAUAAAUAUGUGGGCUAGCACCGCCCUGUCAGCUGUUCUGUCUGUCAGAAGUCAAUGAGGUAUCUGAAUAAAGUAUUAGUAAUUUAUGAAAAGUUUAAA